AUGGAACCGCGCGUGAUAGCCCUCAAGCCGAAGUACGGUGGCUUCGGAGCAGCAGCAGAACUGAACCACACCGUAUCGCCUGCCGGUGGUGGCACCGGAGUAAGCGAGAGCACCGACCCAAACGCCAGCAACCGGCAACAUAACCUUCCCAGCUCCAACACCACCGACACGGACAGGAGCGCCCUGGGCAGUGUCACGAGCAUGGACUCGAUGAAUAAUGUAGUGACAACGACCACCACCGUGACCGCCAUCGCCAGCACUGUGCAUCAGCUCGUUCCAGCACCGUCAGCAGCAGCAGCAACAGCAACAGCAGCUGCAGCAGCAGCAGCAGCAGUGAAUGGUGGCAAAGUAGCGCCACCGGCAUUCUCACGGCUACCACCGGAUGGGCAUGAGUUCCCGCCAAACUUCACCGAACCAUCCGCUGCCACGACGACCGCGAACGGCGGCACCAACGGGAACACCGUGGCCGCGAUGACAAUUAUGAACGGUGGCGUGACCGCACCGGUUCUCGUCAAAUCGAACGACAAACAUUCCAGUUUCAACGAUGAUCUGCCCGAUCUGCCGAAAGGACAUCCACCACCGGUUCCACGUAAGCUAUCGGUCUCAAACCCGCCCGGUAGCGAUGGAUUCCGCCACAAACCGCCACCUUUCCCGAGCCGUAGCUCCUCGAUCGCUGAGUCGAUGCUCAGUCGUAAGGAUCUUCCGCAGGCGUACCAAUCGCUACAGAGCGUGUUCGAACAGCGGCGCCGAUCGGUGGAUGUGCCUGAUCAUGGACACCAUGGAAAGCAACCGGUAGCACCACCUGGACGAGUGUCCUUGGUCGGUUCUAAUUGGCGCAAGGACGAGAAGUCGGAAAAAAGCGUUCGGGAUAAGAUCGCGAUGUUCUCCAGUGCGGCGACUGAUUGUGACGGAACCGCACCGGUGGUCGUAUCGACGGUGACUGUUGGGCGUAAGUUUAGCAAAGAUUUCACCAAGAGCUCGGAGAACUUGCUCGGUUCGGCUGGAAGUCCGCGAGAUGCUGGCGCUAAGAAGGUGAGCGAUACGAUUGAGGCGUACGCGACGCUACGAAAGAAGGCGCAUAGUGUCGAACACCUGGAUGAGGUUGAUCGUGGUUUACCCAUGCCGUCACCAGCGAUCAACGAGACACCGUAUAAGGCUAAGUUUAGUCUAGAAACCUCGAAACCGGUCGUACUUGGGAAGGCAUACAGCGUCGAGAACUUAAACCCACUGAAUCGCGCAGAAUCUGGGAAGCACGCUGGAAGUACUGCUGCAGCUAGUGUCGUGGAUGGCUCCAAGGUGCUUGCACGCACCAUUAGCUUCUCGGGAUACGCCGGAAACGGACACAGUUUGGCCACGAUCUCGAGCUCGACUGGUGGUAGUAAUGGUUCACUGGCCAGCCCGAAUAACAACGCAUCCGGCACGGAUGAACGCUGGAAGUCGUCCAUUUCGAACCUGCUGGAGCAGCGCAAGAAGUCGAUGUCGAAGCUGCGCGGGCUCGUGAUCCCGGAGAAAGUGCCCGAAGCGGAAGUGCUGUCCGAUUCCCGUCUCAUCGGUCUGCCGAUCAUCAAGAGCAAGGACUCGGAGAUUAUCCUUUCGUCGAGUGUCAUCUCUAAGCCGCCUGAACUAAACGGUAGCUCACUGUCGUACAACCGGAAGACGAGCACACUCCCGAUGCCACCCAAAACCAGCAUCAGCUCGAUGACGGGAUCUUCCACGAGAUCCAGCGAACAAACACCCGUGCAAGAGGUGGCCUCAUUCCGGGCUACUUCCCGGCUUCUGACGAGCAACACCGCUUCCAUGGCGGCUGAUGUGAAAACUUCGGAAUCGGAAUCAGAAAUGGGCACCUUCCGGAAGCCACUACCCCCGAUGCCACCAGCGAAACCACCCCGGACGUCACUCGUGUACCCACCCAAGAGUGGUUCAACUGAUUGCCUCCGCAGCACGGAGGACGAAAGCGAUGACAGUGACUCGGUGUUGAGCUCACGUGUGUCCUCACCACCGGUGUCACCGGUGGCACCAACACCGGUAGAGAAGUACGCCCUCACGAGGACACUCAGCUCGGAAACGAACACCUCGAUCACGAGCUCUAACUCGACGCUUACGUCCAGCUCGGGUUCACAGGCCAGCUGCAGCUCGGUUGGUAGCACACCGACCGUCGACAUUAGCCGGAAGCUCUCGAAAUCGUCCUCUUCCGAGGCGUCUAUGAAUCGGAAGAAUGUGCUCGCCUCAGCCAAGUGCCGGAAUGGGCGUGGUGAUCUGAAGAUCGAGGAUGCCGGUGGUUUCGGUGGGUUGAAAUCGAAGCGCUAUGAAGAUGGAGACAGUACCGAUGGGUAUGAGGAAGAGGAACGCCGUAAAUCGAAAUCCAAACCCCGAGGAUCACUCUCGAAUGGGUCAGCGAAUGGUUCCAGUGGAAAACCUGCUGCGUUUGAGCCCGAAAAGAAGGAGCUGACACACUAUAAGGUCGUCGAUAAGACCUCCAACAUCGUCGAUAAGGUGGUAAAGGUCGCGUCCUACGUCGAGGUGGUGUCUGACCUAGAGGACAACACGGUCGUUGAAGAUCCGAUCAUCGUUGCCGCUGCAAAACCACUUCCGGUCGUAGAAAAACCACUCCCAGCAGUGCCUCUCGAACAACCGAAAGCAACCACACGCACCACGGACGCUCCGAACGCGUCCAUGUCGGAUCUUGCCAAAUGGGUGCGCCAUGAAGCCGCUCGAACCAUCUCCCACAAGGACAUCGGUGAAGUAACCUCAACGAUCCCGGUACUGCGCACGGAAAAGAAACCCAUUUCACCACCGGUCGCGGCAAGAACCAACGCUCCGGAAACGGUUCCCGUCCCUGUACGACGUGAGCUACGUUCGUCGGUGGAAUCGAAGAAGCUAAACCUUGCGGAAAUUCGUAAGUCAUUCGAAUCGAAGUCCGCCAACAGCACCGUCGUUCCGGCACCCGUCAAGCAACCGCCGAAGGAGACCGUCACGACACCGGCACCGGUUGUACCACCGACGGUCACACCGGUACACGCCACACCAAAAAGCCAAGCGAACGGUCACGAUCGGUUCUCGUCCUGGGACUCGCUGGCGUCCUCAUCCUCCGGUGUUUCGUCCCUGCAAACCAACAGCCUGGGAUUGGGAAAUGCCGCCCCGAACUGUUCCGGAUCGUCACAGACGCUGCAGAGUACGCCCUCGGAUUAUGGAAGCUUCUCGUCGCUUGGUAGUAGCCACAGUUUGAUUACACCACAAGACCUGCAGCUGAUCAUCGAAGAGGCUGAUCCACCGCUUGCAACACCGGAAGCGUUCGUCGUUGUGUUGCAGCGUGAAACCCCGGAAAGUAGCAUCGGAAUCACGCUAGCCGGUGGUUCUGAUUAUGAAGCCAAGGAAAUCACGAUUCACAAAAUUCUCACCAACUCGCCCGCGGAUCGUGAUGGGCGGUUGAAGAAGGGCGAUCGUAUCCUUUCGAUCAAUGGCCUCAGCAUGCGAGGUCUCACCCAUCGGGAGUCUCUCAGUGUACUUAAGACACCACGACCAGAAGUCGUCAUGGUGAUCACCCGAUCAAAGUCCCUGGUGAUGGACGCGCUGGCGAAGCUGAAACGACCAUCAAUGGGCUCACUGAGCUCGCUGGCGGAGAAAAGCGAACUUACCUCGGAGUACGAGCGCAAGAUGAAGAUCCAGCACAAAGCAUCCCGUUCGCUGGAUCUCGAUCAUCUCGAUGUGGCCUCGAACGAAGCUGAAAGUGUGUUCGAUGGUACCGCCUCCGAGGAUGGUCUGCUGUCAGCGGAUGACGUUUCCAAAUGUUCCUCUAGCAAUGCCAACGAAAACGCUAGCUCCUUCGUGGUCGCCGAAGCCCCGGAAGGUUGUCGCAUGGUAGAAAUCAACAAAGAUGGCGCUGGUCUCGGUUUCUCGAUCGAAGGUGGCUUUGAUUCACCAACCGGCAACAAACCGUUGAUAAUCAAGAAAAUUUUCAUGGGUGGUGCCGCUGAAAAGUCCGGCAUAUUGCGCGCCGGCGAGGAGAUUGUUGCCAUUAAUGAUGUCUCGAUUGCAAAAAUGACCCGGAUACAGGUGUGGAACAUGAUGAAGAAGCUCCCGAACGGCAGCGUAUGCCUUACGCUGAAGUAAAAGCCAUCGAACAAAAACGCUCCAGGAGGGGGCUCCUUUAGAGAAAAGGGAUCCGCUAGUUUUGUGACGGCAUGCACCGGAACUUCCGGGCGGUCAGCACCUGUACACAGUUAACUAAACAUCCGCUACACGUAUACAUACACGAACAAAAAAACACACACACAUAUGCAUAUAUCUAUUAUACCUUAUUUUAUUGUGUAGACUUUACGCGAGUUUAACGUUUUGUUAUGUUUUCAAACAUUUUCUUUUAAAUCACCACCCGCAAUAUCCUUUCUUUUGCGUGAGAUCAAACGUGUAUUACACUACGUCUAACAGCGAACCUUUAGCAAGAUCACGGGAACGUUGCCAAAAAGAA